AUGGGGAUGCGGCAGGGCCCCAGGCCGGGCGGGCUGACGUGCGAGCUUCCAGUCUCUUUGCCGUAUGGGGGUUUAUUUUGUUUUGGGCCACUCCAGCCGCCGCCAUUAGGCGAGCCCAGGGUAGAUUCGAGGGUGGCGGGAUCUCGUUGCCUGGGCUUCCCUCCCCCUCAGCCCCGCCGGGGUGGUAGCGUCCUCCCAACCAGCGACGUCCUUUUAGCCACCCAGACCAGGAAGGAACCAUGUCCUGAGCGGGCGAGGGGGGGAGGGGGGAGACGGGAGCGAGAGGCCGCAACCAGCGGUGCGGAGCAGGGGCGGCUGGCUGGCUGGGAUGCGGGUGAGGGGCAUGGGCGGCAGCCGCUGAGGAGAGACAGUCGCGGGAUCAGGAGGCUGCCCAGCGAAGGUAUGGAGACGGGGGGUGGGGGGGGAGAGGGAAGCGACGAGGCGGGGUGGGGGCAGAGAGGGAAAAAAACCAGCAUUUCUUAAUGUUUUUUUUUGGGGGGGGGACUUUUGUACUUAAUGUGAGGAAUUACAUCACCCUGAGCCGCCUCUUUCCCCCGGUGUAUAUGAGGGCGAGGGGACAGUUUCUCACUUGGGGGGGGGUCGGCGUUUAUAGUUGCACUUCGGAGAAGGGAGGCGAACUUCGUCCCUCAGCUUCACAGCCCUUCCUCUUCCCCCUCCCCCCCCAAACCCCUGGAGGUACCUCGGGGCUUACGCGACCUCCCCCCCGCCAGCCCCCCACACCGCGCGCCGCUUCAAUAUCACUUUGUUGGCCGGGCCACCCCCUCUAGUGUUGGCAAAGGAUUCCUAAGGCCUCUCGCUCGCUCCUAACGAGGCUUUGAAGCUCCCCCUGUUUGCUCGCCCCCUCCCAAAAAACACCACCACUUAACGAUGUUGCCUUGCUCACCGCCCCCCUCGUUUAUGAGCCUCCCCAACCUUUUGCUCGGGCGGGGAGAAAUGGGCUAAAACUUUGACCACUGUGUUUAGUGUGUGUGUGGGGGGGGGAAGAUCCCUCUUGUGUUACCUCAACGGAGUGCUUGUCUGUUGCUCUAUGUAGGGAUCCCUUCCUUCCCCGCCGCAAGAAAAUAAAAAAGGGUGGGUGGGUUUUGGAGCAUCCAGGCACCUGCCCGGGAGAGAUGCUGCUGUCGCCACUGGGUUGUUUACUAUAAGGUUCUGCCACCUAUGGCAGUUUAUUCGGAGUUGGCUUUCAUGCCGCUGGAAGUAUUAACGUGUGCAUAAUGUGUACUAAAUUGCUCGGUGCCCAGAAGCCUUUUUUGGGGGGGAACUGCUAAAUAUUGCAACUCUUGUUUUUGCUUAAUGUGUGUGGCUUAUCCGACAGCCCCCCCCCCCCCUGUGGUCUGCAUGGAGAGCAUCACUUCUGUUUUGGGAAACAGGAAUGUGAUGCGGUAAAUGUUGGGUUUUGAACACCUAGUGCAGUGUAUCCAACGCUGUUGUUUCAAAGCUCUAAGAAAACCACAAUUUGGCAUAUUUCUGUGUUCCUGCUUAUCCACAUUUAGUGCUGCAGUACCUACAUCUUACUAUAGUGAGGUCAUACCUCUCCUGUUUUCCACCCCUCCUCUUCCUCAUUAUUCAUAGACUGUAACCUGUGUCUUACUGUCUCUGUUGCAAAAGUGGCAUGCCAUAAAUACUGGAUUUUUUCAGUGCAGAUGUUAAAUUCUUUAUCCUUGUUAAAGUGAAAUUGAUUUGAUUUUGUGCAGUUGUACUCUAGCUGAGCAGGCCCCCCCAUAGCAACUAUCACAAGGAGACUGCAUCUUUGGCUUGCUCACACUUUUGUGAACUGCAUCAGUCAUAGUAAGAAAUUGUACUGGACAAUGAUAAUUAGAACAAAAUCUUCCUACAUUGCAGCAGCUGUCUUAAUGGCCAAACAAGGCAUUUUUGGAGGUCAUACAGUGCUUUUUGGAGUACCACAGAUAACCCUCUCUGUAUUCGAGAGCAAGUUCCCCUGUGCUGUUGCUUUGUAAAAAAAAAUAGUCUUCAAAGCUGUACAGAUUAUUCUGCUGUCUUCUCAGAUCUCCCCUCUUCUGAUUUGAGAGAGUACUUUCACCCCUAGAUAGUCUAAAAAGAUUCUGAACUUACCAUUUCCAGUUGAUGCAUUACAUAGGGCAACCCCUUAUAGUCUUAGGCAGUAGCAUUGAGGUCUGUGUGUGACAGCAGGGUGCCCUAAACAUAGUCUGGAUGCUGUUCUUAACAAGGGCUGUGAAGUUGCUCUGUAAUUGCAUUGUUUUUUUAUGAGCAAGGAAUGCCUUUGCUAGAACUCAUGGGAUGUGGCACUGUAAUUGGUAAUGCUUCCUGCUACAUAUAUGCUGGCUAUGAUUUCAAGGGCAUAAAUUUAUCUAGCUAUCCAAAGUUUUCUGGCAGUUAUUCAGGAUGCCACUGAAGACAAGUUACUUUCCACGGAAUAACAGGAUGUUUUCAUUCCCAGCUCAGUUUUCUGUAGAUUUAAAACAUUUCAGAUUCUAUUUCUGCUAUUUCCACUAAUUCUUGAGGAAUAGCUGCCUUUUGUGUGUUUGCUGACUUGUAAAUUUCUAAGAGAUGGUUCUGAAGUCCACUGAAGCCAUCUAGGAAUUAGUAGUUGAGUUACAAAAGCCACUUUCAGUUUAUGCAUAUCAGAACUAGAAAGCUGAGGUUCUUUAAAUGUAUUAUAAUCUAACUUUCCUGUGUAGAAAGUUAGCAUUUAUGAUUUGAUUGUAAAGAAAGUACCCCAUUAUUGUUCAAAUAUUAUUUACCACAUAAAAUUUUGCUUUAAUUUGUAUUUUAUUUUAACUAAAAAGAAUGAUAAACAGCAGAAAUAACCAAUGCUCCAAGCCAUGUAUAAUCAGAAGCAAGCCCCAUUGAAUUCAGUGGGGUGUACUCCUGGAUAAAUGUAAUUAGGAUUGCAGCCUUAUUAAGCCUGUGGUAUACACCUACCAGAUGGCUUAAACUUUAGCCAACCUGUGUAUUUUUAGUUUAGGGAUGAGAAAACCUAUGACCCUCUAGAUGUUGUUGGGAGUCCAACUCCCAUCAGCCCUAGGUAGCAUGGACAAUCAUCAGGGAUUCUGGGAGUUCCAGUCCUGCUGGAUUGAUUGCACACCAAAUUCUGCCAAUCCCUGCAGAAAGGCAGACUUGGGGGCUCUUCACAGUACCUACCACACAGGGAUAUUUUCAAGUCCUGAAUGGUGCUUUGAAGUACUGAUGUUCUGCAGAUCUUUUCCUUCUCCUUCUUCCUUUUCCCCAGACCGUCAAGGCGGCCUACAGAUAAAAAUACAAAAGCACACAUAAAAUAGAAACAAAUUAAAAGGUAAAAAAGAAGAAUUAAAGUAAUUAAACAUUAGCAGAAUUUCAACAACAUAGUAAAAGAUACAUUAAAAAUAUAGAUAAUAACAACAAUAACAUCACAGCACCAGCCCUUUCCUUAAAGACAUCCAGUUCUUAAAAGGCCUGUGGGAAUAAAAACGUCUUCACCUGCCUGUGAAAGGACAAUAAGCGGGAGUCAGUCUAACUUUUCUAGGAAAUGAGUUCCAAACUCUGACAUCAGCCACCAGAGUGGCUCCCUCUCCUGCAUUCCCACCAAGUGUACCUGUGAGGGUGGUGGGACUGAGAUGAUGCCCUCCCCUGAUGAUCUCGCAGCUUGGGCAGGUUCUUAUGAGAGAAUACGGUCUUUGAGAUAGCCUGGACCUAAGCCGUAUAGGGCUUUCUAGGUCAAAACCAGCACUUUGAAUUGUGCCUGGAAACAAACCCUAAUUACAUCAAAUAAUUAACAGGUGGGUGGCUCUGCCCAUUUGUCAAAUUUGGCCCACCAGGAUCAGGGAGAUAAAGAUUAGGCCCACUGGAGUGAAAAGGUUUCCCAUUUAGAUGUGCCUAUUCAGAACUCUUUCUAGGAUUUACAACAUUUUACUUUAACAUGUUGUGACAUGAUUGAGCUUUUGGUCUGUUUUUGUAAGCAUAUUGUAAUCACUAGUACUGAAAAAUUUCAUAGCCUAUAGUUUCUAAUGAGCUAAAGGUUUCUUUAAAACAGUUCAGUACAUAUAUUAUUAGGAAAUAAAGUUAAUUUUUGUUGAUGUUGACAUAAACUGUAAAUGAAGUUUUAACAAUGAGUAAAUUCAAAUGGUUGAUGCUCCAAGAAUGGAUAAAAAAGUUAUUCUGUUGGUUCAGCAGAAUGAAAAUUAGGCAUAGAAAUAAUGUGGUUUAACAGGCCCAUCCAGUGUUGCAGUAUGUAACCUUUCGAAUUAUACAAAACAUUUUUCUUAGGAUGUUGAAAAAGACUUUUUAAAAGGAAAAAUAGAUGUUAAACCCAUCUUACCCUUGCUAAUCAGUUCCUUUAAGAUGGGAGGAUUCCCCCCCCCCCAAUUUGGUUAAGGCUGAGCCUUAUACUAUUGUUUCAGGUUACUUAAAGUGCUUCCGGGGCAAGGCAGUAAUGGCGAAGUCACCGUUUGAAAAAUAAUAGUAAAACUACUUAUACAACACGUUUGUCAGUGUGGUGUUGCAGUUCCCUUAGAAGGCAUAGAAGCAAAAAUAAACAGUUGUUUUUAUAUUAGCAAAGGAAGCAACUAAUGUUAAAAUAAGCUGCAGGUUAGAAAUCUUAGAAAGGUUACAGCGUGGAAAGCUUACACAACAUGAGAAUUGCAGGGUGGGGACUAAAGGUGAACAAACUACCCCAGAAGGAGCAUGAUGUGUCCCCCACCAGAAGUGCUACCCCUCUCCUAACACCCCCCACACCCCUAUUAUGUCAACUAGUAAUGUAAUUGGUAGAAGUAGAUAAUUUUGAACUAGCAAAGGUGAAGAACCUCUGGCCUGUCGGCCUAAUUUAUGCCUGUCAGUUACUGUACCCUCCACGUUUGGCCUGCCUGUCCAUUUCAGCAAAGUCACUCCCACCUGCCCUACACCUUGCAUCAUAUGUUACAUCCAGUGUGGGACUGGUAAAGGCUUGGAUGAAAUGGGCUUGGCUGAAAGGAACUCUGCAGGCACUGCUGAUCUGCGUUGCCUGCAAAACCCCUUGUGCAGUGCUCCCCAAACAUCCACAAGCACUGCACAUGCUUUUUUGCCCAUACACUUUGCUUUCAAAUCUCCAGGGGCAAAAAUGGGUCACCUGAUGAUGUUGUAACACCAAGGGGUUGACAGGUGGGCAGCCUAUCAAACUUGUCCCACCAGGGUAUGUGGAAAUCUGGCUCACUGGCUGGAUCUAGUUUCCUACUACUGAGUAUAGAUUAAUUUGAUAUAGCACUUUGUUAUGGUGUGAUAUUGAGCAAACGAUACUAACUUUAAAAAAUCUAUGAUCUGAAGAAUUUCUUGAAUAGAUGUAAGGGCUUCUGUAUGCACAACUUGGCUUUUUUUUCAACUUCAGCUUCUUUUGCAUUAUAUGGUCUGCCUGAAGUUUCACUUAAGUUUCUGUAAUUGCUGAUAAAGGGGUUUAGAAGCCAUACUCUGGUGGUGUCACUUAUGUAAAUCCCAUAUAGAGUUCAUAAUAUGGCAUGAUCAGGGUCCUUCAGUAUCAAAUUUGUACUGAAAUUAUGGAAAAGCUGGGUAUUUUACCCUAAUUGGAUUAAUAGUGUCAAAUAGCAUUACAGUGGUACCUCUGGUUGUGGAUGGGAUCCGUUCCGGAGCUCUGGUCAGAUCCCGAGGUUUCUGCAACCGGAGGGACCGCUUCUGCACAUUCACACGGGGCGGUAGAGCGCUUCUGUGCAUGUGCGCGGGGUGGUUUGCCACAUUUGCAUCCUGAAAGAUACGCAACCGGAGGUGUGCGUAUCCAGAGGUACCACUGUACUGUGUUUUUAGAUGACUUUAAAGAAAAAAACUACUACAUUUCUGCACAAAUACUUUAAUCUACUAUCUCCUCUUAAAUUUCUUUCUGUCUUUUUUGGUUGGUCAUUCUAUGUAGCACUUCCAAUUUAUUUGGCACAGAUUUUGAUACAUUUCUAUAUGGCUUAUUUUCAGCACUAGCCAAAUGUGUAGAGGACUCUGCCAAGCCAUCUUGGUUUAUGCUGCAUCAUUAUCUUCCAUUUGAGGAUAGUAUAAGAAUAGAAAUAUAUUGAACUACUGCUGAUUGUGCCAAAUUGCUAGACUCUUUGUUUUCUACAAAUUCUAGGGAUAGUAUUAUAAUAAAUGAGUGUUCAAGUAAUUGAUCAACAUACAAGGGUUAUAAAUGUGUAAAUAGCCUAACCUUAGUUGCUAGGAGACAGUGAUAAAUGGACAUCUGCUAUCUACAGACUACUAAAGGAUUUGAGGACUUGUACUUUAAAAAGUAUCACUUGAUUGUUGUUAAACUGUUAAGAGAAACAAAAUGACCUGAUUGUGAAAUAAUGUAACAAUACAGUAAUUAGAAUAGCACAUGAUUAUUAUUUUGUGGUGUCAGCUGACUGGAAACACACACAUGACUGUACAAGUUCAUGCUACAACGUUCAUGCUAAGUCUUUGCCUCUUUUUAGAAAUGUAGGCAGUACUACAGUUAAAUGUAAUUCCUCCCCUACAUAUAUUUCAAGAGGAUGCUUGGAGCUGUACAAGCAUGUACCCUUUCUCCCAGUACUUAAUGUAUUUUGCUAGUACUACAAAGGCAGGGGCUCUAAUGUAUGUUACCACGUGCAAUUUUAAAACAGAUUUGUUAAUCAUCUGUCAUUGUGCCCCCACAAAAAAAACCCCUUUUUGUCAUAUCUUACUACCACAUUCGAGAACUUUGGAAGAACUUCAGAAGGGUGAUUUAUGUAGGCAUUCUUGAAAAUAUUUUUUCCUAUUUGGUUUGCGUCAGCUAAUUUCAGGGGCAUAUGUAAAGCCCCCUGUGCCCUUGGCAAGGAGCUGUAUCGGUGCCCCCCCCCCCAAAUCGCCUUCAUGGUUCAAGAAGGAUGAGAAGCUUCUCCUUCACUUGAUCUUGGCAGGACAGUGGCUUCAUUUCACCACACACAUAUAUGUCAUACAAUCCAUAGUCUGAUAGAUGAUUUUUGUGUCCCCCCCUGGGCCUGUGUCCCAGGUGAAGGCCAGUUUCACCAACUCCUAGGUUUGCCUCUGGCCAAUUUCAAGGAGAGCUUUAAUAGCUUGUUGAUUUAAAUUGAAAAAUGUGUUACUGUUACACAUACAUUUUUUUUUUUGUUCUACUCACAGGUAAGACUUCCUGUAGGUGGAACAGGAAGGAAAGCAAUUUUCAAGAAUUUAUCUCCCCCCUUGCAGCCUCUAUAGUACCCUAAAUCUGUUCUAGAGAGUCCUUCAUCACUCUGGAGGAGAUUUCUCCAUUUACCUCCUCCACAAGAGGCCCAGAGGGUGGCAACAGAAAAGCAGGCCUUUUUAUGGUGGCUCCUCCAUUGUGGAAUGAUUUCCCCAGGGAGGCUUGCCUGGCGUCUUCAUUACAUAUGUUUAGGUGAUAGGCAAAAACAUUUCUCUUCUCCCAGGUCUUUGGCUAAUUAAACAGUCCAUCACCUUUUAAUCUCUGUGUGAGGCCGGGGGGGGCCUUAGGGCUGUCAUUUAAAAAAGAAAUUUAACCCAGUUUUUGUACAUAAAGUACAUAAAGCUUUUGCCUUGUGCAUCUAGUAUACCUGAAAAAGUGUCUCCACUCCCAUCAUUCAGCCCAGACACCGAGGUCCAGCUCUGAGGGCCUUCUGAUGGCUCCCUCACUGCGAGAAGUGAAGUUACAGGGAACCAGGCAGAGGGCUUUCUUGGUAGUUGCGCCCACCCUGUGGAACACCCUCCCAUCAGAUGUCAAGAAGAUGAGCAACUAUAUAACCUUAGAAGACAUCUGAAGGCAGCCCUGUUAAGUCUAUAUGAAAGGCUUUCCGACUGUGAAUACUACAAAGCAAAUUCUUCCUCCUCUACACUACUCCUUCAGUUAGUAAAACAAAUCAAUAUAAAUCGAUAUUUGCAGCUAGUCAGAACAUGACAUGCUAGGUUUCCAACAAUGUCUGCCAGUUUCUGAUAUCUACUGGAAAAGAAGAACUGCGUGAACAUUUCUGGAAGGUGGAACGAUAGGGUCUUUCUCAUAUGUAAAAUAAAACAAAUCAUAAUUUAAAUUCUAUAAUUAACACCUCUGCUUUAUGCUGAAGUAGCAGUACUAGCAAUUCUUUGUGAUACAUAACAAGAGCUCCUUUGGGAGGAAGGAUAGAAUAUAAAUUCAAUAAAUAAAAUACAUGUUUGGUCCAAAAUAGCACCUGAAACUCAUGCUUUAAGUACUAAGCUAGCAGUUAAAAUUGUGUUAUUUUGGUUAUCAUUUCAAGAGCCAGCAUCUGAAAAUAUUCCAUUCAUUGUGGUAUUUAUUCUCUUGAGGCUGGAGCAGAUGAGCCUGGAAACAAUGGUUUUGCAAAUUGGGAGCAUAAUCCAGAAACAGAGUUUGAAAUUGGUAUAUAGGUUCUGGCUUGAGAUGGCAAACCUGGUUUUCAUUGGCCAAAGUGCAGAUGUAAUGCCAAACCAGGAAUCAUAUUGAUAAAAAGAAUAAAAAUUCUGUACCUGGGAAUGGGGCACAGUGUAUGUUCCUGAGGCUGGUUCUUGAUUACAGAUUAAGUGUCAAAUCAUUUAUUUGUUUUAAAAUCAAAGGUCUGCACAAACAAAUAAUAGUUGACUCUCGGCAGGGAGUACCAGAAAAUCUGAACUGGGCCAAAGCUAGUGCACAAGGAGCUGCUGUAGUGAUUCCUUGUAAAAAUCUGCUCUCCAAUACCAUAUAAAGAUUAAAUGGUUUAUAAUAGCUCAGCACAAUUGAGCAAAUGGAGGGUUAUUGGGAAUGCUGGUGUAUGCUGCUCAAAUUUCACCUGUCCCACUCCUCCCUUUGCUACACUGGGAGGAAACAAACUAGAAUACUGCAUAUAUGUAAGUGUAAUUAAUUUUGUUUCCCCCCCAAAAAAUGAGGAAAUGGGAUUUUGUUGGUACCCAUUCUGUAGUGGGCACUGUGAGGCUUAGAUGGGAGGUGUUUUUUGCUGUGAUCAAUUGCUAGGAGCAGUUCAAAUCCAGUAGCCUACAACAUGAUCUUUUGCCUCUCUGCUGCACAGUUCUGAUUAGCUAAUUAAUGGUGGAAGCCGAAGUUGGUUGUUUCCUGAAAGAAACAUGCAUGAGAGCGUAGAUAUGUAUCCAAAUUACUGGGUAACAAAACAGGUUUGUGACUUGAGGUUAUCUGAAAGUGAAGAACCAUAGUAAGCCACUCUUGAAAGUGAGAGGACUUUCAAAUGUAGCUUGUGAUACGAAAUGGGGAUCUGCUUUUCAAAAAAUGAAAAAGUUACAAGUGGUUGUUGUUUGGGUGGACCUAAAGUAACUACAUGGAUCCUGCUUGGUCCUUUGGAUCUUGGUUCAUUAAUAAUUCCAGGGCCAUUCUACUGGAAAGAAAAGUCACUUGAAUAUAGGAAAUGGAAUGAAUCCUUUAUUGGAAUUGAUCAUGUGUGGGUUUGUUUGGCUGAAUCACAUGUCCCAUGCUUGGUUUGCUAUUGCAUAUAUAUACUUUAUGAGGUAUAAUCAUACAUAUUGACAUGUAGGUUUUGAAUAACUGCCUACAAGGAAGCAGCUUUCAUAUAUGAAGUUUAUUCUGUUUUGAAGCAUUGCUAAUGUUUGAGGAAAUGCUUCAAGUAUUUUGAAAUUGAUGUAGUCAUAAGUAGGUUACAGCUGAGCCAGUUCUCUCUAUGAAGCUGCAGUUUAUUGGACUUGUGUUUGAAUGAUAAAGCAGCAGAUCCAUAGAUAGUUCUGCUGCAGUUUCAUUUAAAGUUACUCAAAAAUUUACUCUAGACAUGACAAAUGUGACUGAUAUAGUAAGUACUAUUUCCUGUAUGUUGUAGUAAGAUUUUAACAAUAAUUUGUAUUGUUCACAGGAAAAGCUGUGUACUUAGUGCUGUCCAUCAUCCUUGCCACUGAAAAGGCAGUAUGGAGACGAAAUAGACUCUUCAGUAUAGAAAAAGUAAAUAGAACAGUUUUUGUUUAAAACCAUAUGGUCAUCUGAAAAAAGAAGGGUCAGACAUUAUCUUUCAACUCCUACCUGAGUCCUUUGUAUUGUGUGAUGAGUUAGUGAUUCCAAAAUCUGGAGGACCCUUGUAAAACAGCAAAACUGGGAUUAACUGGUUUAAAAGUGACUGAAUGUUACAACGUUGAUGUAACAUAAUUCUCUUACAAUGCUGUUGCCUCUUGAAUGAGUGUUGAACUUAAAAAAAGGGGGGGGAAGGUUUAGGGAUAUUCUGAUUUCUAAAGUAACAAAUCUGAGUAGUUAGUAAACUGAUGUAUUCUAUCUCCAGCUUCUUAAAGUAGGAUUUAGGAGCAGCCUAAAGAGUAUUUUAUUCAUAUUUUUUCUGUUAAAUAAAAUGAUAGAGAUUUUAGUCAGUACAUUUAGUUAUACUGUAUUCCUGAUAUCAGGUGCUAGGCACAUAUAUUGAACUUUAAGUACAAUACAUUAGCAGAAAUUAGCUCUCAGUGUAUCUUCCAGGUCAUUCCUGAGGAUGCUUAAUGAUCUGUCACUGAUCCAUUUGUGUUUAUCAAUUCUGUACUGUAUGAGGUAUAAAAUAAGUAAGGCAGCUAAUGACCGAUUAGCAGUUGUUAUAAUAUUUUCUUUACACUAUUGAGUAAAGCAAUACUCAGUCAAGUGUGAUAUGAAAGUACUGUUCAGACACAAUGCUAAGCAUGGUUAUGCAAAUGAACCUCUGGCUCUCACUUUCUGUGGUUUAUUUAUUCUGGUUUAUUCUGAACAAACCAGAAUUUGAAGCUUCAAUUUGAUCCUGAUUUGUUUGAACUAACCACAGUUUCCUGACUUCAACUGUAACAGAAAACUGAAGGCUUUUACUUUUAAAGAAACAUAAAUCUUUUCUCUCUGCAUGUGAAGGAGGGAAAAAGGGGAUGAAUGAAGAUGAGCCUUUUCCUGACUUCUUCAUGUAAUCCUAAUCCAUGAUCAAGCAUUGUGCAUGAACUGUGUUUAGUUGCUCUUUUGGUAUAUAUUUGGUAUAUAUUUUUUCAUAACUGUGGAUAGUACAUAAUUUAUGUUUUCUAAUAGAUUUAUUCUUAUUCUUUUUUCCAAAGCUUUCUGCCUGA